CGGAAGUAGGACGUUGAACGUACGACGGAGAGCAUGCACAUGGAAAUGUCUCCUACCGGCGUGCUGGAAUUACCUAAUGCGUGUAUAAAAUCCAGUUUGGAAUUCCUCCACAUUCGAUCCGGUUUCGAGGUAUGUGUCGGUGCGAACGAUGUGCACUGGAAAAUCGGUUUUGAAUGCAAUUUUUUAAAGGUUUUGGGCGCUUGUCUUAUAGUCCGCUUUUUAUUGCCGUGGCUGUCCGCGCCUGGUCGUGGUCAACAAAGAAGUAUAUCUAAAUAUGUAACAUCUAGCUGCUUUAUAUCUAUUAUUUACGUAACGGUUCGCUUUCAGCAGCUACCGAGAGCGACUUGUAUUUUUAACAACGCAGCUACAUUUAUCCAAAACUCAGUUGUCAGUACGAAAACAGUAACGUUAGAUUGGUCGCAAAUAAAACAUCGUUUUCCCUUAAAAGAUUCCUUCAUGCUAUUCCUUUAGCAUUGAGGUCAAGGUAUGUUUUACUUCUGAGUAACAGGUAGACAUUUCAGUUUUUCGUGUAUUCAGUUUUUAUGUAUACAGACAUCAUGGAUGUUUAAAUAUUAUUAUUAUUAUUAUUAUUAUUAUUAUUAUAUGAAGUUUACUUUAUAGGACGUUCAAGACCUCACCCCCAAGCAAUGGCGCAUUCCUAUGCUAAAUUGGUUUGGUCUUCUAUUUCACCAAUAUUUGCUUACUGAAACUGCACUGAGCCAAAACUGUACUCUUACUGACUUCCAAGCACUAGUAUGUUGAAGAAAUGCGAAUCCAGUUGAUGUCUCAGAAAUGAAUUAUUCUUUCUCACUGCAGCGCGUUCAGGCGGUGAGCCAGGCGUCACGGUUAUGUCAAGUUUAUGGCAGCAGGACUCAACAGAGAACGGAAACCUCAGUGGCAUGAGAAUGAACGGCGAAGGCACUGGUAUAGGGGCUCCGACCCCAGCUGUGGUGGGGUAUUUGGGAAAAUGUGAAGACAGAAAUGCCUCGCCAGGGAACUGUCCUUGGUGCAUGGCAAAAGGUCAGAAAAAUGCUCUCCGCUUUUAUUCUGUCAACCUGGAGGAGACCGUUAUGCUCUGUACAAAUCCAGUGUGCCUUUACCCAUUGGUUAGUAGAUCUCUGGAAGAUGUCCGUGCUAGCUUGUCUAAAGAUGGAUGUAAGAGGACCAUUUCUUCCCUGACCGAUGUGGAUGAAGCAUCCUCCCCUUCAAAACGAACAAGAGAGGAGAAACUGGGCAUUUUGUCUGCUGUGCCUGCGCCAUUUAGUGCUGACGUCAAUGACGGCACACUUCCAGAUGACACAGCCGAAACACAAAGGUUUACUGAUGAACAAUCAAUACUUGAAAACAGUGACUCUAUUAAUGGCAUUGAGGAACAUCGUGAAGAUCUACCUGCCGCUGCCAUCCAUGAGGACUUAGAUUUGUGUGGCAAGAAGGAUGAUUGUGUAUCUAGUACUCAAGGUGAGGUUGAGGAGAUUGUUGGAAUGGAUGUAGAUGUGGACUCAUCAGAGCUGGUUCCUGUGCAACCUCAUCUGUUCUGGAAAAAUGAGGAUAACUUGUGUUGGUUGGAUUCGUUGUUGGCGAUGCUCGUAAACUGCAGGACCAUCAGAGAGACUCCAUGUGAGAAUUUAAAGCUGACGGACAAGUUGACAUCAGUGCCUUCCUGCAGCUCUGCUGUCUGGAACCUUUGCUCAACAUAUGAUAAGACGUGCUCCUAUCUGAAAUCCAAGGAGAAACAGUGUGAAGAUGAGGUAAGCAGAGUCCCCGCUGAUGUCCUGUGCGAGGCAGAGCGGCAGCUGUCUGUGCUCCGUCUGUCACUCUUCAAACUCCUUCAGCCUACACUCAAGUGUGAAAUUGGUCAGAAGGAAACGCCGGUGUUUGCUCUCCCUCUCCUUCUGCGCACAGACAAGUGGGCUCAAGAGCUUUUCCAGCACACUGUCCGUUGGGAAUUUAAGUGCACUUCUUGUAGUUAUACUCUGAAUAACAGUGUUGAGAAGACUCUAACUACAUUCACUCAGAUUCUGAAUGACUGGCACCCACUGAAAGCCAUCCACCGCACUCAGUGCAGUAACUGCAACCGUAAAAACCAGAGGAGGAAAAUGGUGCUUGAAAAGCUGUCCUCUGUGUUUGCAGUGCACUUUGUGGAGGGCUUGCCCAGGAAAGACCUCUCUAAAUACUCUUUUGAGUUCCAGGGCGCACACUACCAUGUUAGCACUGUUAUCCAGUACAAUAAUCAUCUAAAGCACUUUGCCACUUGGAUCCGCCAGAGCAACGGGUCAUGGCUGGAACUCGAUGAUUUGAAAUACCCUUACAGCAUCAUCCACAAGAGGUUUUUAUUUCCUGCCAAUGAAAUUCACGUUGUUUUCUGGGAAUCAGACUCCACUAAAGAGGAAGCUUCAGAGGUUUGCUCGCCGACGGCUCCCUCAGCGCUCACGAAUCUGUCAAACUCUGUAGCCGAUGACACAUGCGUCACCGUGGAAGACUCAACUGCCACCGGGCCUCUGGAUGCAUCCAUUGGCAGCACCACAUUACUGGACACCUUUGAGGGUCUGUCACAUACAGACAUAGUGACCCUCACUCUGGUUGAUGAGAACAAAGCCACAGAGGCCCUUCAGACUCCCCAGAGCCCAGCCGUCGCACCGACCGCUCUCCCUAGUCUUCCUGUAACAUCCAGUUCAUCUUGUAUCUCCAAGUCCGUUUUUCAACCUUCAAAACCCCAAAGCUCUGAUCUGAAGGAAUGCUCUUCAGUUGUGGCUACACCAGCACAUGUACCGCUUGCAUCUGCAUUACUUCAACGCCAUCCUUGCUUCCAGUCGACACCAGUUAGACUUCCUCCGCCUGCUCCAAAAUCGAAACCCAUUCUGAAAUGUGAAAACGAAGCUCUGCCUGCAAAACCAGCUGACAUGUUCGGCGGCUUCUUAAACAAGAAACUGCCAAAUUCAAGUGGCGGGAAUCCAGCGGGAGCGCCUCAGCACAAACCGGUCACCCUUCCUGGUGGCAUAUGUGGUGCAUCUGUUAUGAAAAAUCCCGGCCAUUCGGCAGACCAGCAGCCCAUUAGCACUACAGAAGCCCUCAGGCUGAAGCUACUGAAAAAACUUAAGGCUAAGAAGAAGAAACUGGCCAAACUAAACCAGCUUUUGGGAAGUUCUGCACCAAAACCGGACAGCACUGCGCUCUCUUCGCCCUACUCGGUCACCUCGAGUACGUCAGCGUACGACAGCCCGGCAUAUGACCAGUUCUUCGCUGAGCUUUUGUCUCCUGCGAAUACCGUCAGUAACCUCUCACCUGAUAGCACGGGCCUCCUUGAGAUGUUGAACAAUGGCCAGAAUGCGGAGACGAUACAACAGAAUCCUUCUGUAGCAACCGUGGUUCCGGAAGCUUUAACCUACCCUUCUUCUACUAAUGACUCUGUUUUGAGUCUUGAUGAAUACAUAGAGUCAGGGAUGGGCCAGACUGCAAUUGACCACACUGAUUUUAACGGCUUAGAUAUAUUUUUCUGAUCGAGAAAAGUUUUUAGAUUUUACAAACCAUUAGUUUGGUCUGGUGUCUGAACAAGUUGUUCCUAAGAACUCUUCUUCUUUGUAGUUUUGUAUUGGGAAUGCAAGACCUUUUGUUAGGAAAGCCUGUGGUGCAUCAUCAGUUAAAUUAGUCAUAUUUUCAUAUUUGUCUGAUAUACUUGAAGAUUAAAGAACAUUCAGUGGUGCAGAGUAUGCAAUGUUUGAAGAUCAAAUUAUGUGCAAUGCUUUUGUAAAGGUUUGUACAGCAUUGUACAGUUUUUUUAUUUAGGUUUUUUUUUUUUUUUGGUUAUCACUGUAUUUAAAGUGGUUCAUAUUAAAUGGUCCCAAAAAUGUAA